CCACAACGCGUUUGCCUCAAUGCCUUCGAUCUGAGAUCCCGCAAUGCUGUGCCUGCAGCUACCCAUACCUACGGGUGAGAGCCUCAAAGUUGCUUUCAAGAAUGGAGCCGGGGUCCAACUUGUACGUAAAGGCGACAAGAUCACGUUCAAGCACGGACACACGGUUUCUCAGGGUGACGACAGGCUUGGAUAUAUCACUUCUGGGCCUGCUGGCGUUAAGCUACAAGCCUUCCAGACGUUGCAUAUCUUACCUGGCAGCAUCGACGCCAGCUCGAACCCUGAAGCCGUUGGAGACGCUUCUAACGAACGCUACCAGCUUGAGCCAAUUGUUGAUGGCCGUUGCGAGAUCAUCUUCCUGAGACAUGGAGAUGUCAUUACUUCCCCAGGCACCACUAGUAGUGUGUUCUGCGUGUGGAUGGCUCCCGAAGUCCAGGUGAAUUCGUCGGCUGCCGAUGUCAAUCAGACCGAGCGUUUCGAGACCGGGAACAGUGUUGAAGACACGCCUGAGGACGAGACCGAAGAUGAAGCCACAUUGGACGAUACAGUCACCGAGGUUCCUGUUACCCAACCUGUGACUCAAUCGACGAAGUCACAACUCUCUGCCACACCACAUCUUCCCAAAGACCGGUCAUUGGUUGUACAUGAGACCCCAACAGCAAACCGUAUCUUGGACCAUGAUGACUUUAACAUUGCACCAUCGAAUGAGGCUCCUCGCGUAGAGGCCACGCCACCACCGCACGGAGCGAUAGCCGUCACGGAGUCGUUUUCUGCUGCUCGGGCAGGUCAUUCGCCCAAUGCCGAGUUGCCUGCAGAUCAAAGGCGGCUACAGUGCUCGCCUCAAGUCGCAGUCGGCCGGUCGUCAAGAAAGAGGCAAAACUCUGAACACAUCCUCAGUCUUAUUGCGCCUGCCGCAGAUGAACCGCCAGUGAAGCGUAAAAAGAAGGCUGCUAUUAUUGGCGAAGAGGAAGGCGAUACUGUGCAGGCAAGUCUUUUAGGCAAGAUCAAUACCGAUCAGGACCGCAUGACGUACUCCACGAAAGCGAAGCGACGAGCCGCGACAGGUUCAGAAGUGACCCCCACGAAUUCAUUACGAAGCUCGCAGAGGUCGGCGACAGCUACGACAGUCGCAGCAUAUGAAGGUCCCAUACCACGCGUCGCUACCAGUAACUCAGCCAUCAAAGAGGAUAGUUCAGCAGUAAAGUUCCUUCGAAAGCAGGGAGGCGCACUUGUCAAAAACGUCGAAGACAAGUGCAAUGUCUUAUGCAUUCGUGACCACGGUCUCGCGAAGACCAUGAAAUUCAUUCAGGCCAUUGCUCUUGGUGUACCCAUCGUUACUGACAAAUGGCUCACCGAGUCUGCAAAGGCAGAUGGCUUUCUUGAGCUAGCGUCAUUCAAACCGUCAGUCACUCAACAGGAGAAAGAAUGGAAAUUUAACCUCGAGCAAGUGUGGGGUGUAGCGCAGACACCAUUCAAGGGGUUUGCCAUCUACUUCACGCUUGCGCUCAAGAAGACAUACACCAACUUUCGUGAGAUGGAAAAGGCUUGCCAAACGCUUGGCGCGAAGGUUGUACCCAAGCGGACCAGCAAGAACGACACGAUCAUUGUGCUUGCAACUGAUGAUGGUGAUCCUGAGGCAGAGGAGAUAAUCGAGGAUGGCGAUCCCUGCUACCAGAAGGACCUGCUCACCACGAGCAUCCUCCGCGGCAAUCUCGAUCUUGACAGCGACGAAUUCAAGAUCAAAGCGAAGCAGGUCGGACCAAGGAGGAAGGGCCAGAGGAAGAGCACGUAGAUUUCUCUGCACGUUUGCGCAUAUUCUUUUCCUUUCUGCGAUACCCAUCCCUUACGAAGCACAACAAGCGGGAUGUUUCAAUGAGCAACAGAGCAGUAGACCUCCGCGUCCGCUAUGACGGUUUCGAUGAACCACCGCUCCUCGACACCCAACAGGACUCCAAACUAUCGCAGCCACAGGAAUGGCAUCUAGCACAACAAUAAUAUCGAUAUUUACGAGAAGAGCAGCGCUUUCGAGCAGCGGUGCAAGAAGUGGUGGUGCACGAUGAUUGGGUAUGUAAGCGAGCUCGACCCACAUCUUCAACAUCCACGAACAUGAGUUUCAUGAGCAUGUUCAAGAGUCUUCAGGGACGGUGCAUCAGCCCACACUUUUAAAACCAGA